CGCUUCUCUCCCCUUGUGACCGCUAGUCAACCCUGAUGGCUCAUGGCUUGCAGCAAGGACGACUUGCAGGACAACUUUACAGAGUAUCCUGACAGCGCUCUACGUGGACACUACCUUGAUAGCGAGGAUGGACUCAGUCUGGAAGACUGCAAGGGCAAGUGCCAGGCUAACAAGCUUUGCCUCACCUUUGAUUUCAAAGCCAGUGGAGGUCUGUGUCGGCUUCAUAAUGUCACCGCUCAUGAGUCUCCCUCAGAGUGGGCUCCUAAGAGGAGUAAAGGCUGGACCCACUACCAGAGAUCCUGCAACUCCACUUUGGCCUCACACGAUACCUGGUACAACUUACUGUGUCACUCCAAAGUAGAUUGUCCACACCCACACAGCGAUUGUUUGUCGGGCAGAUGCCUGUGUCGUUUAGACUUCGAGUUCAAUGAAGCCGAGAAGGAGUGUCGUGAGACAAAGCUGAGCAAGUGGCACAAUGGAAGAUGCUCGACAGACGACGACUGCAAUCGGCCCCACGCCGUGUGCUACCAACAACUGUGUCGGUGUGAAGCUGGGUACUACUACACCACACAUGACACGUGUACUAGCACUUGCAGCACAGACGAGUUGCAGAAGAACUUUACAGAGUAUCCUGACAGCGCUCUACGUGGACACUACCUUGAUAGCUGGAAUGGACUCAGUCUGGAAGCCUGCAAGGGCAGGUGCCAGGCUCACAAGCUUUGCCUCACCUUUGAUUUCAAAGCCGAUGGAGGUCUGUGCCGGCUUCAUAAUGUCACCGCUCAUGAGCGUCCCUCACACUGGUAUCCUAAGACGAGUAAAGGCUGGACCCACUACCAGAAAUCCUGCAACUCCACUUUUGCCACACACGAUACCUGGUACAACUUGCUGUGUCACUCCGAAGUGGAUUGUCCAGACCCGAACAGCGACUGUCUUUCAGGCAGAUGCUUGUGUCAUUCAGGCUUAAAGUUCAAUGAAACCGAGAAGGAGUGUCGUGCUCCAAUGUCAUGUAAAGCUGGCAGGCAAUAGAGCAAGAGUGGUGUCUACACUGUUCAGCUCCCAAACAAGAAGGGUUCUCUGAGAGUGUGGUGCGAUAUGGACACUACCGACGGCGGCUGGCUGGUCAUCCAGAGACGUCGCGACUUCACAGUUGACUUCAACCGGAGCUGGACAGAAUAUAAAAACGGUUUUGGUAACAUCUCUGGAGAUUACUGGCUGGGCCUAGACGCGAUUGGCAAACUGAUGAAUCAUAGUUAUUCGCGCUUGAGAGUGGACCUCGUAGCUGACCCAGGAAGAAAGUACUGGGCUGAGUACGGUGAAUUCUUUUUUAGCGCAAUAUUCUAUGGUGACAGUCCUAUUAGAGGCUACGGACUUCACGUGUCCGGCUACUCGGGUGACGCAGGAAAUGGGUUGACACCUAGUUACCAGCGCGACUUUAUAACCUAUGACCGCAACCUGAACGGCUGUUUCUCAUCUAGAAAGGGCGCCUGGUGGUACCCGUAUGACUGUUCCACCACCACUAACCUCUUCACCCCUGAUAAAAAUGACAUGACUUGGGGUGACAUCGGCCGCGUGACGUUCUCGGAGAUGAAGAUAAAGUCAGAAUGGUACUAACACCACUUGUCUCCUGUACUCACUGCUUACACCGCGAGUCGACUGUUCACUGUUCACUACAGGUUCCACUGAUGAUGUGAGCUCAGUGUACAUUAAUCUUUCGCAAUAUUCCAGCAUCUCAACCUCGUGCAGACUACUGUACUUUAAUUGUUUACUUUGAUUAUAUUGGGGUUCUUAUAUACACGUGUUGCAUUUUUUCUUUCAGAUUUGGGUUUGCUUGGAUAAACUAACAUGUUUAAAAACGUAAAGUCUAAGUUUAAUUAAUUGUUUUAAUAUUAAUUGUGGCUAGGUUGUAUUAAACGUGUAAUGAACAGUCACUAUACACCUGAUAGUUAAUGCAAUGUUGACGGUUGACUCAGAGUGAAAAAGAUCACAAUCAUCCGCGAGUUUCAUUUACAAAAUUAUACAAAAGCACGGAUACUGAUUGUAUCAAACACUGCUGUUCAUUUUUCCUUACUGACGAUGACUGAACAUGACUCAGAUUGCUACAUUCUUUAAUUGUUUGGUAUUAAAAAGGGUUUAAGUUUAUUUUGUAGUGUGUUGUGAAACUUUACCGUAUCCUGAGUUUUCUUUAUUUCAGCAAAAAUUGACAUUUUCACAAACCUAUGAGCGGCCAUACCUUUCGUAAAAACAAUUAUAACUAUUGCGAAGAAUGAACAGAUAUUUUCAUAAAAGCAAUUGAAAUUAUAAGUAGUAUUGUUGGUAUUGGCCGCUUUGACUAAAUGUGAUGACACCAGUGUGUACUCAAUAUUACUUCCCCUUUAAACUAACGAUAACGGUAGUUGAUACAUCACAUCUAUUAGUUAAUUGUACCAAACAAAUAAACUAUUUUAAUAUUUGUUCUACACUGAAGAGCUUUAACCGCAAAGCGCUAGCAAAAUGGCGACACACACCUGACGACACCUUUGUAUUCUCUGUGUACAACUUACACGAGAAACUUUUUUUUACAAUAUUUGCUUCAGACUGUUGUAUUUGAAAAUGUCACUUGACGUUUUUGCUUAAUAAGUAUUUGUUUUAAACUGAA